ACAAUUAAUGCUGCAAUGCAUUCUAUUCCUAACAAAAAUUGAGACUCUACUUUGUGGAACAAAGAAACUAGUGCUGAAUUGUGGAAGUGCUGAAAUUGAUCUUCUUUCAGUUCUUUGGACAUAAACGCCUCAAUAACAACAAUUGAUCCAUAACAAUGAAUGUUGGUGUCAAAUCGUUGCUCGUCUUGCUUGGCUGUUUGGGCUUGUUAUAUAUGUACUUUUUUGUAAAAGUAAAGAUUUUGAAAUCUGUCAAUCAAGAAAUUUCAUAUCCAAUAUCUUAUGAAAAUACUUCUCCGAAGAACAAUAUCCAACAUAGGAAUCCAUCUAUUUCACUCUUUUUGAGAAUGUCAGGUAAAAGAGAAGACCACAAAAAAAGAUUUUAUUGCAAUAUUUUAAAAACAGUUCCUCUGUUCUGGCCUGGGUGGCUGGGCAAAAUGGUUCUUGUUUUUGAUGAAGAGUCAGAUGAGGAUCACACCUUUGGUAAAACAUUAUUGAAUCAGAUAAAGGAACAUUUUCCUCGCCAAACUUUCAAAAUAGAGUACGAGCCACUACCCAAGGAUCCGACAGUUUUAACUUUUCCUAGUCAGCUAAAAUCACCAGGUUAUAAUCGUCAGUUAUGGAGCAGUUUUUUCAUAGAUCUUUACUCAGAUGACGAGGUGAUAGCUUGGUUGGAUAGUGAUUCGCCAUUCAUUUUCCCAGUUACCAUGUUAACUAUAAAGCCAAAUGGUAAAGUAAGAAUCCUUGGCACAGACUGUACAAUGCAAAUAGGCUGGGUGCAAUCAUGGGCCAAAACAACAGAGAUGGCGAUCGGAUUCCCGCAGUUGGCUGAUUUUAUGACAUAUUUUCCUGUGUACAUGUACCGUGACACGAUAACACACUGCAGAGAACACAUAUUGAAAAAUUUCAAGACAGAUAACUUCGAAGAAGCGUUUAAAAACUUUUACCACACUGGCACUGGUUAUAUUUCUCCUGUAUCUGUUAUCUUGAGCUACGCAUGGUUUUUCGAGAAAGAUCGCUACGAAUGGGAUGUAGAAAUGUGUGGUGACAUAAACGUCUACAACAACCGUUUGCCCGAGGGUCACAGACUUCAACUGAAUGACAUAGUUAAUGGCAAUCAGUUAUUGCGUCAGCCUCAAACUGCCUACCAUGGACCGUUGAAUACUGAUAGCAUAUAUGCAAAACUCAUUCCAAUUUCUUACUGUUUGUCGAUUAGUGAAGCCGGCAGAAAGGAAGACAUGUGUAAAUAUUCGCAAUCGGAUCUCAAUCGCUUAUUUAAUGUGUUCAAAUCAGAUACUCAAAGGGCUAAUCCCCCACAUCCAUGCAUUGGAAAUCAUACUCAGUAUUGCUUAGAUAUUUUAAAACGUCACAUCAAGAAAGUUGGAGUUGAAAUAAAAAAAAACAAACGAAGAAUGACAUGGGACGACGUCAUAACGGUUGAUUCUAUAGCCCGCGAAAUAGGUGUAGUUUGUCCGCUACAACCACUCUAAUUCAUAUUACAUCUCUGGUGAUGUUUAAGAAAGGCUGUAAACUUAACAUAAAUCAGUGAUUUAAACAUGGGCAUUGA